UCCCUUCCGGGGCGGCGACAGGCCGGGGCGCCCCUUCGCGUUGCUCGGACGGCACCCGAACGCCGCCGGCGGCUCCGCCCGGCGCCUCCGCCCCCGCCCGCGGGGAGGCGGGGCAGGCCGCGUGUCCAGGGCGACGGCGGACGCGGCGGUGCGGGCGGCGGGGACCUACCGACCGGGGACGCGCUGGUGGCGGCGAGGGCCGAGGGCGGGGCGAGGCCAUGUCGGACGUGGGCUCGGAGGAGUUGGAGGAGGAGGGAGAGAAUGAUCUUGGGGAAUACGAGGGGGAGCGGAAUGAGGUAGGUGAACGACACGGACACGGGAAAGCAAGACUGCCCAAUGGGGACACGUAUGAAGGGAAUUAUGAACACGGGAAAAGACACGGCCAGGGGGUCUACAAAUUUAAAAACGGUGCUCGGUACAUUGGAGAAUACGUUAACAAUAAAAAGCAUGGUCAUGGCACUUUUAUAUACCCAGAUGGAUCAAGAUAUGAAGGGGAGUGGGCGGACGACCAAAGGCACGGUUACGGCAUCUACUACUACGUCAAUAACGACACCUACACGGGGGAGUGGUUUGCUCACCAAAGGCACGGGCAAGGCACCUAUUUCUAUGCAGAGACGGGCAGUAAGUACGUAGGUACCUGGGUGAAUGGACAGCAAGAGGGUGCGGCCGAGCUCAUUCACCUGAACCAUAGGUACCAGGGCAAGUUCUUGAACAAAAACCCUAUAGGCCCUGGAAAGUACGUGUUUGAUAUCGGAUGUGAGCAGCAUGGGGAGUACCGUCUAACAGAUGUGGAAAGAGGAGAAGAGGAGGAGGAGGAGGAGACGACAAUGAUGACUGUGGUUCCCAAAUGGAAAGCCACCAAAAUCACAGAACUGUCUCUGUGGACCCCAACCCUCCCCGAAGAGCAGCCACCUACGGACGGGCCUGGCCCAGAAGAGGCUCCAGGAACCGAGGGUGGCGGGGAGCUCUCGGAGGAGGGCCAGGCUCUGGCAGAUGUUUCUGAGGGGGAGACCGACUCCAUGAGGCCUGGGGAGGACGAUGGAGAUGGCUCCAGGGAGGAGGGCCGAGAGGAUUUCCGAUAUGACACCAUCGACCAGGUUCUGCGUUUCUCUUUCCUGGGGUGUGUGCCUCCAGGGCCCUGAGAGGCCAGGGGACGUGCAGUCUGUGUCAUUACCAGUAGUUAUGGUAACGGAGAGCCGCAGCUGGGGAUGCCCCCAUCCCUUGCCAUCAGCCGUGCGAAUGUGAGCGAUAGGGACGUUACUGCACGCCGUGGGCGACCUACAUCCUCUCCGAACCGGCAAGGAGGUGACCACAUACGUGUUGCACGUGUGAGUAAUCCAGGAUCCGAUAAUGCGAGGAGCUGUUUCUUGAGCCACUCUUGAACUGAUUACAAGGUUGUGGCAGGAAAGACCCCCCCCCUCCUCCCCGGCCCCGAGGGUAGCUUGAAAGGAACUAUUUACAAAGAUGAGGGAAACCUUGCAAGGGAGUGAGCUGUGGAAACAGAUACCCCAACUCCAUCGUCCUCCUUCAUGCCAUCGCCCCCGGGCUCCCCAUCGGCCCGAGGGUGCAGGAGCCUGGGUGAUGUGUCCACAUGGCUCAGCCUGGGGACAGAGAGGCAAGUGGAAGCCAUCCAGCUCAGCCACUGGUACCUAGCCUUUGGCACAGAGCCUGGCACGUGCAGACUCUCACCAGUGAAUGCUGAAGGAACACUUCUGGGAGGGGGAGUCUGGGGAAGAGUUGCUGGUUUUGUGAGCCCAUCUGUGCAUGCUGCACCCUCGGGUCCAGCCCCGAGUCGGGCUGUUUGUGCACUCCUGGGGCCCCUCUCUGUUCCCCGGGCCCCAUCCCCGGGUGCACAUCUGUCCCGUGGUCCUCUUUCCCGGCCACUGGGAGGAGGAGAGAGUGACUUUCAAGUGACACCCUACCCAUGCCUCCAGCUUCCCUGUACUUUGGAUUUUACCCAGGGGCAAACCAGAGGGAGUACGGUGGUUUGCUCAGCGUCCCGCCCGGGCAGCCCCACGUCCCACCCAGGAGGCCUGUCGCUUCUGUCACAGCCACGUGAGAGCAGAGCAGGCCACCGAGGGCAGAGGGGCCCACGCCAUGUGGCCACUGAAGCUCCCCUGUUGCCUGUGGGCAAAUGGUGUGGUUUCCUCCCACAUCUGGACUCGGCGGCAAGAACUUAGGCUCAGAGCUCAUAGCGAGCCUCUGGGCAAAGCCGCAAACAGCCAGAGGCCCCCUUGAGGAUGGGGUCCCAGGAGCUGCCGUGGGGAUGGGGCUACUGCCAUGCAGAGCCUCAGACUGGCCUGGGAACUUCUGCGCAGUGAAGAACCUGCUAUUCUUCCCCGAAAUUAUAAGAAGAAACAAAUAUGUAUAUAGACCCGCAAGUGCAUGAAUGCACACAUGUGUAUGAGUCUAAAUAAAGUCACGGGACCAUCUUCCCGUCAUAUCGGGGUCUUGCCUUUGAGCAAAACUGACAGCAGCACCUGGUCCGCGACUUCAAGGGGCCAUCUCUGUAAGGGGUUUGCAGUGGGAUUCCUUUACAAAGCAGGUUUUUUUUUCUACAGCAGCGGCUCACACUCGGGCGAGCACCAGAAUCACCCGGCGGGCCUGUUAAGCACAGAUUCCUGGGCUCCACCCCAGAGUGUCUGAUCCCCUGAGUCUGGGCUGGGACCUCCGUGGGUGCGUUUGUAACAAGCCCUCAGGGCAUGCAGGUGCUGCUGGCCUAGGGACCACACUUCGAGAACCCCCGGCUUGGAGUCCCUUUGACACGUCUCAGGGUCACAGCAGUCAGGACCCUCGAGCUGAUGCGUCCAGGUGCCCAGCCUCCCAGCCGGCCGGCUUCCUGACGGUCCCUGAGUGUUAGGUGAUGUCAGAGUGGCCCUGAGGAUUCCAUGAGAUGAAGCAGGAAUGUACUUAACCACACGACCUCCAAGGAAUAAGCCUUCGCUUGGCUGUGGCCGCCACCGUCCGCCUCAGUCCACUCAGGUCCAUUUUAUCCAGCAGCGACCCGGAACACAUCUGCCGAGUAAAAUAGAUUGGAAAACGGGUGCCUAGAAUUUGGGUUUGUGAGAGUGUGUAAAAUAGGUUAUACGACAUUACUGGGUUUUAUUGCCUUUUGCAGAUGCAGGAUAAAUGUUUUUCAUCGUGCCACAAAGUUAUGAACUUUGACAGUCGCAGGGUAUGUUGAUAACAUAAGGAGGAUUAUAACUGAGCGCCAGUAGGUUUAUUACCACAAUAAAAACAGCUGUGAGAUACAUGAUAAGCCAUUACACUCAGGGGAAGGGGCUCAGUCCGGUCUGAACGAGGAACAGGUGGUGCGUUUUUCUGGGCGGCACCUGCCAUACUCCGCUCCCCGCUCACCGUCCCACCCACCUGCCCACGGCGGGAGCUCCUCCAGGGCAGGGUCUGAGCCUGCGGUUCUGUCCCCAGGACCCCUGGGGGAUGCAGGUAGCAGAUUCCUAUAACAAGACGGUAUGUCCUCACCGUCGCUAGGUCCGCUCCCUGCUUUCCCCUUCUUCAUCUGUGAGGGCGCUUCGCAUUAUACACACGGCAAGGCAAACAGCACUGCUCCUCACUGGCGGGCAUGCAGACCCCCCGGGGACGGUGCUAAAAUGCAGCUUCUGGUCCAGUGGGCCAGUGAGGGGCCAGAGCCUCUGCAUUUCUAACAAGCUCCCGGGUGAUGCCCCAGAGACCACGGGUUUGAGAAGCAGAUUGGAAAUGACGUAUUUGGCGUUUCCUCACCUUUCCUCAAGACUGGUUAUAGUUCUCCCGGAUAAUGCGCUGGGGGCCCCAGUGUUUAACCAUGAAGUGAACCAGGGCACACACUCAGCCCUUCCUAGCUGUUCCCAGAUCAAGGACGGCAAAGUGGUCCAAGGAUCCCCAAGGGCAAAUAAAACGCGCAUUUUCCAAAAUCAAUCACUAAACUCAACUGGGCUGUCCUUCUGGGAGGCGUUUUGCGGGCUCUCCCUGCAGCGAGCUCUUCACAGGCAUUUCUCCAUUGGGGUUUAUGUUGGUUUUGUGCUAUGGCUUCUUUGGAAAAUACUUUGGUUUAUUGCACUAAGGAAUUGUUACCUCAUUAUGGAUGGCAUGCAGUGAAAGAUACUGAGUUCAGAGUUGAAAGAAAUACACUUUUGCAGAGAGGAGAAAUCUGACAUUUCCAGAUCAUUUUUCAAAUGACUUCUUAGGGAACUUCUUUGCUUACAGGCUUCACUAAGUAGGUGUGUGUGUGUGUGUGUGUGUGUGUGUGUGUGUGUGUGUGUGUGAGAUUCUUAGCUUAUUUUUGUGGGGCUUAAGUUUUAGGAGCAAACGGUCCUCAACAGUUGGAAGUGGCAUUUGCUUGGAAGCAAACAGGUGAAAAGCUAACGACUCUGGAAAUGUUCUGCAGCAACUUACAAACAUCUUUUGACAUGGCUGGAUUCUGGUUACACUUGUGAUGGAGCAUCUUUAAAAUCCCCUACGUCUCUAAAACUUCAGUCCGACUUAAUAGUUGGAUGCCCGCCUGCAAAUCUCAGUGGCACGGUGUGCUGGCUUUGUGUGGCUUCCUCGUGUGGCAGAGCCAAUGGGGUCAGAAGAGGCAGAAGCAUCCCAUUGAACAGGGAGGCUGGAGAGACAAGGCGUGAGGCCCCCUCCAGGCAUGGUCCAGGCUCCAGAGUCGCUGGCCGGGUGGGGAGCUCAAAGGAGACGCAGCCUCGGAGGGAUCCCAGGAUCGAACAGUCUGCCCAGGCCCCAGACUUUCCCCUGCUGCCCCCCAGCUCUGCUUCCCUCCCGGCUCCAGUGCCCCGUCUCCCCUCUCCUGACCCUGUCCAAGCCCACAUCUCGCUCCCUCUUCCCCGCUUUGCUGGAAGUGGGCAGAGCCUGCGGUGCCUACAGGCAGGCCUGUCCUGGCCUCUUCUCACUAAGAAGAGGGGGUGACCUCUCCCCACAGAACAGUGUUCAUACCACCCAUCACCUGUGGGCUGAAGCCGGCCCAUCCCAGCUCAUGAAGGCUGAUUUCUACAUUCUCAGGCAUUUUAUAAAUCUGCUCAGAAUCCGCCGUCGUGGGAGAAUUUACACCCUGGAAACUGGCAGACCCCACAAAGGCUCCAGCUCAGCCCACUGCUGCUCACUGCUCGGAAGAUAGCCCCUCCUCCAGAACACAGGCUAGGAGGCUGUGACGGGUCGGCCCGCUGACAGUCUGCACCCAAGCCACACAGAGAUCGUGCCUAAGGUCACAGUGGGCCAGAGACAGAAUGGGGUACGAACUCAGGUCUCCUGAGAUGCAGUGCAAUCCUUCCAACAACGGUUCGAAUAAUGUCUUCUUUGUUAAUGGAAACUAUUUCUGGCAUUCGCACCGAUCCGUGUGCGGGCACCGUCUGUGGGCCCCUGGGGCACGUGGGGUGAGUAUGGGACAGGAACUCCUCCACCCUAGCGUCCUGCUGUGCUGGGAUCGGCCCCGGGCCCAAGGACGCUGCAGCCUUUUGAUGCUCGUGGCACACUUUCCACAUCUAGAAUCUGGGUGGCAGGGGGCCGGUUCGUGCCUGGACUUCCUCUGUCCUCAUGUCACAGGACCCUGCCCUCAAGAGCAUCACACGCUGCUCAACUCGAGAUAGACACAUUUUUUUCCUGAUGUUCGUCUCCAGAAUAGCGCGUCUACUCCGUGAGGGUGCGAAAUGGUUACGCCGGGUCCCCCCCCGCCCCGCACCCCUGUGCUGUCAUGGGUGCCCAAGGACCUUGACAAAUGGCCCGGGACCAGGGCUCAGCGAACACAGCAGGGGUUUUCAGUGGGGGACGAUCUUGCUCCCCAGGGCAUAUUUGGCAAGAUCUGGAGACGUGUUUGGUGAGCAUGACUGUCAAAGGGGCGUGCUACUGGAAUCUUACUGGGUCAAGGCCAGGGGUACUGCUAAACGCCCCACAAUGGACAGGACAGCCCCCGCCCCCCGCAACAAAGAGUUCCCCUCCCCAGAUGUCCGCAGUGCUGAGGGUUUGAACCCUGGACACACAGCUGCGCCGUGAGUCAUGAUCACAGGUGCUGGGCCCCCAGGAGGGCUCAGUGAGCACUUCGCAGUGCCGGGCCCUCCUACCCAAGGACCCAGCGUGCCUGUCCAACCAGACCCGUCCUCCUCCAGGCCCGCGUGGCAGGUUUAGGUUCUCAGGUGUUCUCCUAAGCAUAGUCCUGGGUAUCUUCUGUUCUGUUGUCAUUGCUGUGUACGUGGGAUGUUUUCUGUCACUGCAUCUCCCAGUGACGUUGGCGUACAUGAGGUCUGUCGACGUCUGAGCUUUAUCUUUGAGCUCAGGCACUCACUGAUUCUCCUCUUGUGGUCCCAGGAUCUCGACUGACUUUCUUGGGGCUCCAGAUCUGUGGUCCCGGCAUCUGUGAGUACUCCCGCUUGCUUUCAGUGUGCAGGCUGGAGGGAGGGGGCUCUGCGUGGUGAGGAGGGGAGGCUUUGCUCCCCAGUUCUACCCUCUGUGGCUCCUUGGGCUGGUCUGGGGGCCUGAAGGAUGGAGGUUCCGGUUAGGGCUGUCCGUGGGGUUUCGUGAGCCCCUGAGGUCAGGCGACAAAGUGGUUCAGAGUGGAGAAGACCACCCUCCUUCCCAGCUUGGCUCUGCAGAGGAGGGAGGCUCUGGGAGCACUGGGGGGUGGCCCCAGGUGGAUACCUGGUCUUCCUCCCGAUGGGCGCGUUGGCAAAGCCACCAGUAAGCCCCCUUACUCGAGGGCUGAGAAAGGCAGUGGGCUCUGCGGGGAAGCUUGGGGACUGUGUCACACAGACUCCUUCCUGAGCACCUGCGAGCCCCUGGUGGCUCCCGGAUGACCUGGGUGGGCGCGAGCCCAGGGAGCAUAGAAACCAUGCUCUUCUCCCAGGCGGGGAGCAGGACGGCACCUGGGGAUCUGUGUUCUUGCCUUUAACCCUCCCACUGACCUAGCUGGCCCACAGGGAGCCAGACUUUUUUAUGUUUAAUGCUUAAAAAUAAGUACAAUAAAGGGGGAAAAAAAGGUCGGGAGAGGAAGCGCAUGGAGGUGGGUAUCUAACAGGCUCAGUCGAUGGUGCCGUUUACCACACACCUUGUGCCAAGCUACAUGACAUGGCUGGUGCUCAGCCGCUCAGGGGUUUGUAUUUUUUGGUGUUUAUACCAAGGUUUUCUGGGCACUGUGUUGUCCGAGGGCUGCUGUGACAAGGGACCGCAGAAGUGUAUCUUCUCACAGUCUGAGGCUGGAGGUCCGGUGUCCAGGCGUGGAGUGGGCUGGCUCCUCCCGAGGCCUGUCUCCCGGGCACGUGGAUGUGGUCCUCUCUGUUCCUCACGCGGUCGCCCUCUGUGCCUGUGUCCUGAUCUCAUAGGAACACCGGUCAGAUUGCAUCAGGACCACCCUAGCGACCUCACUUUACCUUAUCACCUCUUUAGAGCCCCGACCUCCAAAUAAGGCUACAUUCUGAGGUGCUGGAGGUCUGGACUUCAACUUAUGAAUUUGGGGGGCACACGAUUUAGCCCAUGAAAUUCAUCAACAUGACCAGAUCUAAAAAAAAAAUUCUCAAAUUUGGUUCUAAAAUAAGACUUGCUUCAGUGGGAAAUUACGAUGGCUGUUUCUUCUCAGGUAACAGAGGGUGUUUGCCAGGGACCAGUGGCCCCAGACCUGUCACCACGCACGUGUCCCUCGGAGGCUCCAGAUUCCCCAUCAGGCCAGACUUAGGCUCCCCGAUCCUUUGCUGCCCGGCCCCAAGGCCGUGCCCCCCCUUCCAUCUUCUGAAAUAGCCGGUGGUGGGUCGGGUCUCCCUCACCGCGCCACGGGCUCGUGAACACAAGGGACUAUCCGCCACAUGAGGGGAGUCAGCAGAAGCGUGGAGAGCUCCUUUCCAGGCCUGUUUUUUGCAGCCCCCUCCCCACCCCCCGUGAGGAAACCAGAGAUGCGGUGGGUGGGCCGGGUGGGGGUCUGCGGUAACAGGAGGCCGUUCCCAGAGGACGUCAGCAGGGGUCACUGUCGGCUUACAAACACACAGAUGCUGGAGCCCACAGAGAGCUCACGGAUCUCUUUGUUUCUCGGCUUCUUCCUUGGUAGAAUUGCAAACUUGCACCAAUCCGUGAUAAACUUCCAUCCCUCCCUUUCUCCAGCGUGGCUCUGUUCUCAGGGCCCCCGUCCUGACAAUGAGGCCCAUUCUGGAAGCUAAAAGGGUCGGAACUGGGCUUUCCUGCCAUCAGAAUGGGGGGCUAGUCAAAACCAGAAUUAUAGAAUUUAAAGAAAAUGGAGUUUCCUGGGGCGCCUGGCUGGCUCAGUUAGUUAAGCGACUGCCUUCGGCUCAGGUCAUGAUCCUGGAGUCCUGGGAUCGAGUCCCGCAUCGGGCUCCCUGCUCGGCGGGAAGUCUGCUUCUCCCUCUGACCCUCCCCCCCUCAUGCUCUCUCUCUCUCUCUCAUUCUCUCUCUCUCAAAUAAAUAAAUAAAAUCUUAAAAAAAAAAAAAGAAAAAGAAAAUGGAGUUUCCCUGCAGCAGGGAGCCUGCUUCUCCUUCUGCCCCCACCCCCUCGCUUAUUCUCUCUGUCACUAUCUCUCUG